CAACAGCAAUGGACGAGACAAUGAAUGCAAGAACCAUUCCAUCCCAGUCCGCCACCGCAGAGGAAGUCCGGAAGUACAUCAUCCAAGCCCUCGUUACCAAACACCAUGUCACAGUAGACUUUGCCACAGAACAAGCAAUGCACUGGGACAUUGGUCGAGGCUGUGAGCUACGGGCGGCGACCCUGGACCACCUGCAGCGUGUCUUUGGCGACAACGUUGGGCUAUGCUUGUAUCGUGCGAUCAGAGAGGACGAACGUGUUUGUUGCGAACAAGACCAUUUUACACAGAUUAGCAAACACGCCGCUACCACUGCUUCCGUGCUGGUGGCGACGAUGUUCGGUCUUCUUUUCCUGCCUGAACUGGGACUGCAGGCUCCACAAGAUCGGAUUAUCUGGGCUGCAUAUCCGGGGCCCUGGUUGGGGUUUGCGGUGUGUGCGAUCCACUACGGUUACAGGCGGAAUGAGCAGGGUUCGCUCCAGACAAUGGGCUGGUAUAUCGCAGGUUUUUCUGGGGUCGUCAUGGCGGUUGAGCUCGCCAAACGGAAUGCAUCGUAG